AUGCCAGUGGAGAAAUCAAGUGAUGCAAUCUCAAAGAUGUUAGCAGGAGAGCCAUACCUACCACUAGUAGAUCCAACAAUGCUCAAGCUUAAAUCGCGAGCAAGGAACCUGCAAUAUAAGCUGAAUAACUACCCGCCUUUCGUUUACGGCGAGGGAAUCACGCCGGAGAAGGUGUUUGGCGGCGUUGAUGGCAAGAAAUACGAAGUUAUAGCUGAUCUAUUUGAUAUCCCCCUCGAAAAAGCCAAACAAUUGGCAAUUGAGCCACCAUUUUACUGCGAUCAUGGUGUAUUCAUUGAGUUCAAGGGCAGCUUCUAUUGCAACUACAACACCACCAUCUUAGAUUGUGCAAAGGUCUCCAUAGGAAAUCGAGUUUCUUUUGGGCCCAAUGUGUCUAUCUAUGCCGCAACUCAUUCUGUAGACGUCGGAGAGCGUCUAGAGGAUCUUGAGAGGGCGUAUCCUGUUGAGAUAGGUGACGACACUUGGGUAGGCGGAUCAGUGAACAUAAUUUGCAGCGCAAAAGGUACCAAAAUUGGUAGGGGCUGUACUAUUGCAGCAGGAACGACUCUUUGGGGAACAUUCCCGGAUAACGUGGUCAUUGCCGGAAAUCCACCAAAGAUCAUUAAGCAUCUUGAGCCUUCUGCAAAUGAAUAA